AUGAUUAUAUUCAGCAAGAAUGACAAGCUCCUCUCUCAGGGCUAUCAUCUCUCCGGAAUAGGCUACACGCCUGGUGCCCGCACCUUGAAGGGGAAACAUAUUCUCAGUCUUCGAGAUCCAGCUUCUGCGUGUAUCGGGUUUACCAAGGAAAAUUCGGAUGCCUUGAAGGUGACCCCGGUGCCACAUCCAUUUACUCCUCGUGAUUCUGAUGAUGAUAAUUCUUCCCUUGAAGGAUAUCCCCUCCAUUCUCGAUGCUGGGAUCUCAUUCAACAUAACAUUGGGCCUGUGGAUGGUUUUGAACUGGAUCUUCUUGUUGCAGCAUUACGGAAACAGUGGGAUGACUUGAUGCCUCAGCUGGUGGCGGCAUCCACAAACUAUUACUCGCCCCUCUUUGCAGGGCCGUUUGACUACUUUUUAGCCGGUCGCCUCGGGCAUUCAAAGGAAUAUCGGCGGGUACUUGCAUUUCGGGAUUACAUGCAUUGGGAUAAUAAAAGCUUUCCCCGACAGCCAACGUUGAGCUUGCCAGAUCCUGUAUUUAUACCGGAGUUGGAUUCAUUAUUCCAAAAUUGCAGACAAAAGUCAUCCCUUAUUAGACGAUCCUCAAAGCGGAUUCUGACUCUUGAUUAUCGGCUUCCAUUGGAGAUACUGAUGUGUAUCGCAGACUAUCUUACUACCCAAGAGCUAUAUACCAUGCUGACUGCAUUUGAAGAGGAGUUUCCCAUAGAGUAUUGGAAGCGGCAGAUUCCGGUUGACCUUUUUUUUGAGCUGAACUACGUUGAUUCGGAAUCUUUUCCCUGGGCAUUCUUUGUGUCUGAAGUUCUGAGCCAGAAUCUGCUUGAAAAAUCCGGUGAAUUGUGGAACAGAAUGCAUAUUAUGAAAUUGUUGGCCCCGAUAAAAGAUUACGUGUUACAAGAAAAACGGUGA